GGAGCCCCCACUGCUCCAUGGAACCGUAGCCACUCUGAAGAGUAGAGCAGGCUGUCGGACACACUGCGUGCUUAGCAUUUACAUGUGCACAAGUUUGACGUUUCUUUGCUCACUUCUACGGGGCCAUCCUGUUGAUGACACUCUCCCCAACUGGACCGAAGUUAGCAAAUUGCUCUGUUAAUGCGCUGACACUGGAAUCUUACUGUGACCAGAAUGACCCUGCUGGGCUCUGAACACUCCGUACUGAUUCGCAGCAAAUUUAGAUCAGUCCUGCAGUUGAGGCUCCAGCAGAGGAGGACGCGAGAGCAGUUAGCAGACCAGGGCAUCAUGCCUCCCCUGAAGAGUCCAGCUGCAUUCCAUGAACAGAGGAAAAGCCUUGAACGCUCCAAGACUGGAGAUUAUUUAAAGCAUAAAAUCCGAAGUAGACCAGAGAAGUCAGAGCUGGUCAACAGGCACAUUCUAAAAGACUCUGCCAGCGAGGGCCCUACACAAGACUGUCAGAGUAAACUCAAGCGUGCCCGACUUGCUGAUGACCUUAACGAGAAAAUUGCCCUGAGACCAGGUCCACUGGAACUGGUUGAGAAGAACAUCAUACCUGUUGAUUCGACUGUUAAAGAGGCUGCGUUAAAAGUGAAUCAUGGGAAGUUUCCAAAGCAGGAGGACUCUUAUGCAUUUGAGGAGGACAGCAGCAGCGAGAGCCUGUCUCCUGAACAGCCCCUGAGUGAUGAAUCCCAGAGUUCAGCUGGGCCUUUGGCAGAGAGCAAGACCAGCGGUGGCAUUCCAUCCCCCUCCCUGACCACAGGCCCGACACAGGGGUCACAAACCAGAGAAUCACCUAUUCAAAACCAAGAAGAAGGUCCAGCUGUGACAAACAGCCAGACAACUCCACCCAUUCCAGUCCCUGCAAUAAUAAAGUCAAAAACAUCAGACAAGAAUCGUCAUAAGAAGCCCAAAGAUGUUAAGCCGAAGGUGAAAAAGCUGAAGUACCACCAGUACAUUCCGCCAGACCAGAAAGCAGAAAAGUCUCCUCCUCCAAUGGACUCGGCCUACGCCCGGCUACUGCAGCAGCAGCAGCUCUUCCUGCAACUACAGAUUCUCAGCCAGCAGAAGCACCAGCAGCAGAAUCAUUCGCACCAGUCCCAGUGUCCACAAAGCCAGAGCUUUAGCUACCAGCCCAUAAACCAGCAUCUGUCAACCAAGCAGACCAGUGAACAGCAAACGCUGUGCAGUUCCAGCACUGCCACCAGUACAGAAAGCAGCAGCUCCUCAUCUCCUGUAAAGACCACAUACUGCAGCGCAUCCAACAUGACUCCAGUCAGGCCAGGACCUCUGCCUGCUAACCUUGAUGACCUAAAGGUGUCUGAGCUUCGGCAACAGCUGAGAAUACGAGGUCUUCCAGUGUCCGGCACAAAGACUUCCCUCAUAGAAAGGCUGAGGCCCUAUAAAGAUUCUAGCACUCCUUCUCCAUCCAGCUCUGGCGACAUCACGACUGUGACCUUCCCGGUGACCCCCACUGGCUCGCUCUCCUCCUACCAAUCGCCAAGUUCUUCUGGUACUAUGUCCCAUGUAGGGGGGUACUACCCAUUCUGCAGUACUACAUCCACCCCACCCAUCUCUCCUGCCUCCUCCGAGUUGUCGGUCAAUGGUUCUCUUCCUGACAGUUUUAGCGAUGUCACCAUGUCCUCUCCGCAGUUUGGCCUGCAGCCGUCACCGGCUCAUCUGAGCGCAGAGGAUAACCAGAACUUGGGGAACUGCCUGCACAGUGAACCAGGUUUGGACACUGAGAAGGACAAGAUGUUGGUGGAGAAACAGAAGGUGAUUGAGGAGCUGACUUGGAAAUUACACCAGGAGCAACGGCAGGUGGAGGAGCUGCGGAUGCAAUUGCAUAAACGGAAGCACAGUCACGGUCUGCAGGAGCAAGUGCACUUGCAGCCCCCGAACCAGAUGCAACACUUCUUUAGCGUGUCCAUCAAACAGGAACAUGUGACCUCCAGCUGUCCAAUGGCUUCCAAGCAGCAAAAGAAUGGGCCCCCAAACAGCUGCAUGGAGUCAAUGGGACAUUGCAGCCUAGGUGGUGGACUUCGGAGUCUUGACAUUCCCUCCUCUAGAAGUCCUUCCGGUAUCCCACCCUAUCUAAGCCCUCAGUGCUCUCCUCAAGACUCACCAGUGACCAAGAACUCAAGCAGCCCACAGCCCCACAGCAUGCCCUCCUCUCCUAGUCAUCCAUUUCUGCUCACACCUCCCCUGGGUAGGGACAGCUGCCCUCACAAUGGAGCCAGACCACAUCCCAUGCAGCUCCAGCAGAAGAAUGUUGCUCAGUCUGUGACCUGCAACUAUUCGCCUGACCAGAGAAAUAUGCAGCCAGUGUACCCAAGCAGUGAGAAUAACCUAAACCACAGAGGGUCUUCUAAGACCAAAAGUCCAAACAUGCAGCAAAAGAUGGCAAUAUUACACUCUCCCAGGCACAUUGGCCAAAAGUGCGCCACCUCCGCCACUACGUUCUGUAGCUCAGACUCUACUGCAUCUGCCAUUAAACAGCCCCCAUGCUAUGAGGAUGCAGUGAAGCAGCAGAUCACCAGGAGUCAACAAAUGGAUGAACUCCUUGAUGUCCUGAUUGAAAGUGGAGAAAUGCCAGCUAACGCCAAAGAAGAGAGGUCCCCUGUAACCAAAGUUGUACCUCACCUUACAGUUUCUCCCGGCAACACUACCACCAGUGCCACGUCCAUGCCAAAGUUCCACCGCCACUACAGCCACAUUUCGCCCUCUGAGGUGCCAUACGAGCAUGCUGCAGGGCACACCGAGUGCCAGCUGGAGGUGCUUCUGAGCCCCGUGAGCCGCCAUGGUGACAUCAUCCCUGUCAAGUUGGCCUCUGACGAGGGCCAGCUGGAGGAAAUAGGAGACUCCUUCCCAGGUCAUCACCAUGACGAUAAGUUGCUCAGCAACAGGGAUAUGAUGGACACACCUCUAUCUCCGAUGGCCACCAAAGUCUCGCCAGUGCCCACGGAUGGCCAAGGGCUUGGCAUGACCUUCUCAGAGUCACCAUGGGAAAGCAUGGAGUGGUUGGACUUAACUCCUCCCAGCUCAGCCACGGCAUUCAGCAGCAGCAUGGCUCCAUCAGCACCCAGUAUCUUCAACACAGAGUUCUUGGACGACAGGGUCAAGUUGGAUCCAUGGCCUAUCCCAGGAACAACGGUCCUGAGAGAAACACCCUGGAUGGAUGGAUAGACAGAUGAACACCCUUCCCCCCACAAUAUCAUCAUCAUCAUCAAAAUUUUGGGGAAGGUGGGGGGUGAAGGAAAAAAAAAAACUAUACAGAGAAUAACCGGAGCUCAACCCCACACCCAGGACCCUGCGGCACAAACAUGCGUUUUUAUUCUCCCACACAAACAGUCAUUAAACCAUCAGAGGCUAUUUCAUAGGAUUUAUUCUAGCAUUCAGUCCAUUUGUUUCCAGACCUUACAGGAAAAAAAGAAGAAAAAAAAAUAGCUCGAUAAGGUCACAAUCACAUCCUAGCCUUAUCACAACUGACCUGCAGGCAGAUACUUAGCUCUCAUCAUUACUACAAGAACACUAAGAUUUCAUCAAUAUCCUUUAAAUAUGUGAAGUGAAGAAGACAAAUAGCUCAGACCAUCAGAGGUUAAUAUCUCCAAAGCAGACAUAAGGCAAUAUCCCUGCAUAUCCUCUAAUUACACUUUUUUUUUUUUUUAAACAGAUUGCUGUUCACAAUGUAUACACUUAAAAUCUUUUCACAGUGUGAACAAUCCUUGAAGAUAU